AUGCUCCGAUCAGUUGCUUUGUUGGUUCUGAGUGCCGUGGGCUUUAGCUCGGCUCACUUCGUGAUCCCAAACGAUGACCAGAACAUGUCUGGUCUGACGGUCAACUCCAUUCCGGCGGAGAAACGAGUUGAAUACAUGAGAAAGGCCAACGAAGCUCUCUACCGGCAGAGCGGUCCUUGUCCUUUCGCUGCGUUCGGGACGAUCAUCGUCAACCACACGAGCGAUGAAGUCGUAUGUGAGGGUGCCAACUUCAGGACAGGAGACCCGACAAUUCACGGAGAGAUCUCAGCUAUCAACGCGUGCACUGCCAAGUUUACUGAGGAAGGCAUGACGGCCUCAGAGAUUUACGCUGCUUGGGGAGAGCUCUCAAUCUACACGAAUGCCGAGUCAUGUCCAAUGUGCGCGAGUGCCAUUCGAUGGGCUGGGUUCAAAGAGUAUGUCUACGGCACGACGAUCCAGCACAACUACAACGUCGGUUGGGGCGUGAUGACCCUCGGCAGUUACGAUGUCUUCCAGCAAUCCCGCCAACUCCCAGGAUACCAGACCUCGAUGAUCGGUCAGAUUCUGACAAACGAGACGGACCCUUUGUUCUCAUGGCAGUACAACGCCAGCGCGCCGUGCCCAAACGGAUGCUUCAGGGUCCCAAGUGCGACAAGGGGUGGAACGACUUGCUCAAACGCCACGGUCAGCCGAAGAGAUUACGAUGCCUUGUGA